AUCCAUUUCCUCUUUAUGUCCAAUGAGAUCUUGAAAAUCGGAUUGGUACUUCUGGAAUGCAUGCCAUACGCCUUCACACUGGAGUAACCAGCUCGGUUGGUUUUCGUUAUUCUAUAGAAUUUAUAGUUUAAAAUUAUGAAAGUUAACAUGACAAUGUCGUAAUUACGAUUUUCAGAGUUUUGGCGUGCACAAAUGUCAGUAGCACAUGAGACGGGAAGAAUGUAUAAGACGUAGUAUAUUAUAACUACUCUCAUACACUCAAGGAUCUAAUAGCAUGUAAACGAAAGCAUUCAUUUCGGUGUGUCAUGAAUGUGAAGCAUGUUGUUGGUAACACUGCCACAUGAGUUUCCAACAUGGCAGUUGUGUUCGCGUAUUGUGAUCAUGUGAUGUGGAUAAAACCGUGUUUAGUCUAAAUGUAAUGUGAUUGUGGUGAACAUUCAUUGUUGUGGAAGCUAUUAAUUUUCUCGUAAACAAUGACGGACCUUCAGAAUCCGCCCAUUAGUGAAAUAAAAAGACCUGAAGAGGUAGUGAGAAUGGCAAUGAACGACAGCUUGAAAUUUGCCGUCCUCAUCGGCCUGAUCGAGGUGGGACAGGUGUCUAACCGCGAAGUUGUAAACACCGUGCUGCAUUUGGUAGAGAUCGUGCGACGGCUGAUCACUCAUCCAAGGAGUCCUGCCAAAUUUAUAAAUAGAUUAAGUAACCUCCAAAAGAGGCAGCCAAGACCCACAUCAGGCUGCAGAGCUAUAGAUGGUGAUGAUGAUGUAAAUAUAUGAUGUCAUGUUUCUUGAAACCACUUGCACAUUUCUGUGCAUUUGGUAAUUUAAAUAAUUGAUUCCGUAACAUUUUUAAUAGAUUCUUUGUUAGGCAUUUUUUGAAGAAAAUUGUUAUGUGAAGGUUGUGUACAUUUUUCAUCUCUAUGCUUGUAUGCUUAUGUCCAUGCUUUUAGAGGACUUGACUGAUACUGACCUCUGGUGGCUGCAGAAGUUAGGGAGUGGCUGUUGGCAAGUAAAUGAACAACAGACACCUUUGUUGUGGAGAGAUUUAAUCAUGGCGAUCUGUGUUUGGAAGUUAAGA